GCGUUGCCAGCCCCGCGGGGUUGGAGGCCUCAAUGAGUCAGGGUUGCGCGACCGGGCCGCCGGCCAAGAAGAGCAAUGCGGCGGGCCUUGCAAAAGGGCCAGGCCUUGCCAGCUCUUCGACGCAGGCGCCGAGUAGCGGGGCGGCGUUCCCGUUUCCUUUCCAGAGCGCCCCCGCGACGCCCGGGGGCCGGGCGAUCGCCCCCCCAGCCCUGCCGCCGUCGCCAGCGGCACCGCUGGGGGCGUCGAAGCCUCCAGCGCCGCCGCGGGCGGAAGCUGCGGCGCGCUCCGGCGCCGCGCAGGUCGACGCCUCGGCGGCAGGCGGCCAGGGCGCCUAUGAGACUCUUCGCGACAAGGCGUGCCACCUCAUCGCAGUGGCUGGGGGCACGGCGAUCGACCCAUGCAUAUCCGUGAAGAACGAGGCCUCGUGCCGGCGCGCCGAAGCUCUCGUUUUGCUUGGCCAGAUGCCAGACGCGCGGCUCCUGCGUGACAACCCAGCGGGCUUCGUCAGGAUGGUCAAGGAGGAGGGCGCGGGGGGCGCGGAGAAGAAGCAGCCACAGCAGGGCGAAGAAGUCGAUCGGGGAGACGACACGGCGGACGUGAGCCACUUCGAGAUGGCGGCUGCUCUGCACGAGGAGCUGGCCGGAGACAACCUCGACAGGAUGCGCCGCGAGGCCUGGGGGGGACAUCAGGGGCGCCGAGGGGCGGGCGCCCGCGGCCUGGGCACGCGGGACAUGUUCUUCGGCCGCGAGCUGGCGCGCGUCAAGCUGAUCGGUGCCGGCGCGGCGGCCAUGACCCCGAACGAGCUUUUGAAUGCGGCAUCUAAGAGGUCUCUCUGCGUCAAGGACCUUGCGCGGCCUCUUCCAACCGCGCGGGGGCAGGAGGGCCGCCCCCGCAUGCUCGCGCUGCGGGAGCAUUACCAGACAUUGCUCGAGGAGCUUCCGGACACGGCAGCGCAGAAGUUUUCGCCGAACCAGCUGGAGGACGACGACGGACCAUCGAAAGCGCUGGUGGGGUUGGUGAAUCACCGCUCUGGCGAGGUGGUGGAGCUGGACAGGUGCAGAACGCAGCGGUGCAUUCGCAAG